CAAGUCCUGCCCCUUUGCCCGGCCGCCGGGCUCUCCGGUAGCCAAUAUGGCGACUCCCUGUGUGUCCUGCGGCGCAGCAGCUUUCUACCGGCUCUUUCUCGGAGGUAGGGUUAGCCUCACCCGGAGACAAGGCGUUUGGAAAGCCGCGGCUGCUGAAUUGCAGACAGGUACUGGAUUCCAGAUAUUAAGGCUAAGGCACACCACAGGUGUAACAACAAAGAAAAAUGUUGCAGCCUUAAGACGUGAAACUUACACAGUGGAUUUUAUUAAAAAGCAAAUUGAAGAGUUCAACAUAGGAAAGAGACAUUUAGCCAACAUGAUGGGAGAAGAUCCAGAAACUUUCACGCAAGAGGACAUUGACAGAGCUAUUGCUUACCUUUUUCCAAGUGGUUUAUUUGAGAAGCAAGCCAGGCCAGUAAUGAAGCAUCCUGAACAGAUUUUUCCAAAACAAAGAGCGACCCAGUGGGGAGAAGAUGGCCGUCCAUUUCAUUUUCUCUUUUAUACCGGCAAACAGUCGUAUUAUUCAUUAAUGCAUGAAGCAUAUGGAAAGCUACUAGAAGCAGAAAAACGUCAGAAUCAGUUGCAAGCCAAAGGUCUAUUUUCAGAAAAAACUGAAACCAAAGACCUGAUUGGCAGCAGAUGGCUGAUUAAGGAGGAACUAGAAGAAAUGUUAGUGGAAAAACUGUCAGAUCAAGAUUAUGCACAGUUCAUUCGGCUGCUAGAAAGGUUAUUGACACUGCACUGUGGUGCCGAAGAAGAAUUUGUACAGAGAUUCCGUAGGAGUGUAACUAUUCAAUCAAAAAAACACCUGAUUGAACCUGUGCAGUAUGACGAGCAAGGAAUGGCCUUCAGCACCAGCGAAGGUAAAAGAAAGAGCGCAAAAGCAGAAGCAGUUGUUUAUGAGCAUGGAAGUGGAAGAAUAAAAGUAAAUGGAAUUGAUUACCUGCUUUACUUUCCAGUGACACAAGACAGAGAACAGUUGAUGUUCCCCUUCCACUUCCUCGACCGACUUGGAAAACACGACACGACCUGCACAGUCUCGGGCGGUGGGCGGUCGUCCCAGGCUGGAGCCAUACGUCUGGCGGUGGCCAGAGCCUUGUGCAGUUUUGUCACCGAGGAAGAGGUCGAGUGGAUGAGACAAGCUGGACUGCUGACUGCCGAUCCACGUGUCCGAGAACGGAAGAAGCCAGGCCAAGAGGGAGCCCGCAGAAAGUUUACCUGGAAGAAGCGCUAAGUGUUCUUUCACGGGCAAGGAGAGGAAACGCCGUGUAUAUGUGCCUGGCAUGCGGCAGACAUACAAUAAAUAUUUGCUGGCCGGUAUGAGGGCAACACUAUCAGGCAUUUGAGUUGGGAGAGGAUUUAUUUUUAAAUGCUACUUUGUAAAGGUUACCUUAUAAACAUAAUUUUUAAAAAAUA